UCCUGCUCCGGUGAGCGCGGCCUGCCGGGCCCGGCCGUGCGCUGCGGGGCCAUGGCCGAGCCGCGGCCGGAGCUGGCGCUGCGCUUCCAGCGCCGGUUCCUGGCGGCGCGGCCGCUCAGCUCGCUGCCCUGGCCGGAGCUCGAACAAAGCCUGCGGACUGCGCCGGACUCCGCGCUGCUGGCGGAUAUUCUGCACAAGACAAUUCUUCACCCUCUGUGUGUGAAAUAUCCCCCUUCGGCCAAGUACAGGAGGUGCUUCCUGACUGAGCUCAUCAAAAAGCUUGAAUCCACAGCAGCUGAACCCCUGGAUGAACUCUAUGAAGCACUGGCAGAUGUUCUAAAAGAAGAAGAAGAAUGUACUCACUGUUACAAAAGCUACUUACUGCCCUCGGGGGACAGUGUGAGCCUCUGCGAGAGCACGGCGCUGAUCUGCGGGGGCACCACGGGGCUGCUCACGUGGGAGGCUGCCCUGCUGCUGGCCCAGUGGGCACUGCAGAACCCCGGCCUCUUCAGGGGCAGGACAGUCCUGGAAUUGGGGAGUGGGAUUGGCUUCACUGGAAUUGCCAUCUGCAAGACCUGCCAGCCCAGGACAUUCAUAUUCAGUGACUGCCACCCCCGUGUUCUCAGACACCUGGGGGAAAACAUCCAGCUGAAUGGCUUCACCCCAGAGCCUGACGUGACCUGGAGCAUCCAAACAGAGCCCCAGGGACAGGAGGUGCAAGGACAGAGCUGCCAAAACCCAAAAGUGAUUGUUGCUGAGCUUGACUGGGGCUCCGUGACAGAAAAACAACUGCUGGCUCUCAGAGCUGAUGUUGUCAUUGCAGCAGAUGUGGUGUAUGAUCCUGAGAUAAUUUUAGCCCUCGUUGGGAUGCUACAGAAACUCUCCACCUCCAGAGCAGGCAGGAAAGCUCCUGAGGUGUUCAUUGCCUCCACAAUCCGAAAUCCAGACACGUUUCAGCUCUUCCAGGCUGAGCUGGAUAAAGCUGGGAUCAGGUGGCAGGUGAUUCCAGCCCACAGCAGCUGUCAUUUUCUCUAUGAUGUGCAGCCAGAUGUGACUAUUCUACAGCUAUUUCUAUAGGCUUGGCAAACAACUGGCAUUUGAGAGCAACAGGAGCUGCCUCAGCCUUGUAACAAGAUUAUCCUGAAUUCUGGAAACGAGGUUCUGAGGAUACAGCUGGACAGACACAUGGAGUCCUUCCUUCCUUCCUCUAAUUCCCAGCAUGGAUCCAAGCCUGCAGCUGCCCCUGGGAAGUGACUGAACCCUAAGCAACAGAAACCAAAAACCCCAGUCACACUUCACUUGGAUUCUGUAGAAGACAGCAGAGUUCAAACAGGGUUUUUUCCCAACUGUGUGUGAAUUGUAAGCACUGGGGGCAACCUGCACAUCACAGGAUGAGGAUCUCCCACAGACAAGGGAGCAAAGCAAUGUUUCAGAGUAAUCAAUGGGUUUUGGUUUUAAAAAGAGCUGUAAUUGUCUACCCUGGUGGUUUAUGUCUGUGUGUACUUGCAGUUUGGGUUAGCUUAAAAGCCCCCAAUAAACAGUGACCAGUUGCUGUA